AUGAGGACAUUGGAGUCUUUGUUCUUGACACAACUGAAGAUAAUGCUACAGCGAUCAGUCAAGAUCCAAGGCGAGGCGGAACUUAUUGAGCCAAUUUCACCAGUGGCAAGUCAACAAGAGGAAUUCACGCGAGAAACUUUCGACAACGUUGUCUUGCAGUCUCCUAGUCAAAAAGCCCUGAAUGACUUAUCCUUACCUCUAGAGGCUAAUGUCGAUGGUGUUACACCCAACGAUAUCCCAGGAUACGCAUUCCCUGCAGCAGCCGGCAAAGGAGUGACAAUCUAUAUAUUGGAUACAGGUGGCAAUCCAAAUCAUGACGAGUAUACCAAAGCAGAAGGGACCAAACGAUGGCUGUUUGCCAACGAAGACAAAACCGAGAGCGACGAUGUCGGUCACGGCUCAUGCAUGCAAUCGCUAGCCAGUGGGCCUUUGUUUGGCGCCGCCAAGGCAGCCGACAUUGUUAUCGUCAAGCUUGGCGCGAGGUCGACAAUGGACAAUGCUCUGUUCGGCCUCAUUCUGAUAUUACAGGACGUCAUCCAAAACAAGUUACAAGAGAAAGCAGUUAUUAACAUGUCAAUUGGAUACAAACUGCUCGUCCCCAGCACAAACACCCGGGGCCGAAAACCUGGUUUUGUACAAAAAGAUGGAAUCGACGGCUUCAAGCAGGCUCUCCAACUCCUCAUCGAACAAGACGUUGUGGUAGUAACAGCGUCUGGUAACGAUAGGGAUGACCCUAAUGCGGGCGAGCAUAUUACCGCCUUUCCAGCUUUCUUUGGCCGGCAGAUGGAUAUAAUUACUGUCGGUGCUGUCGAUGAAAACGGGAAGCGCACGUAUUACUCUCAAGGUGUACCCGCAGAGCUUGACACCUCGGCUAUCGGUACUGCUACGUGCGCAAGUAACAAGGGAAACGAGGAUGUUGAAUUGGAUGGUACAUCAAUAUCGACUCCAUUGGUUACCGGCAUGAUUGCGACCUGGCUUAGCGAUCCGCAGUACAAAGAUCGGCUCCAGGUGCCCGGGAAAGUUGCUGCAAAUGUUAAGAAGAUGGUAAAGGAACUAUCCUACAACCGUAUAGGAGGAGGCGACACUCCAGUUGCUUGGAACGGCGUCGACAUCUUUACAUGCCAGUCUGACUCUGAGUCUGGCGGCUCUGGGCCAAGGAAGCUACGAGCUCGAGCGGGAAAAUGCGCCAUUAAAUCGACAUCAACCUUGAUUCCUACAUCUACCCAACCAGCAGUUCCGACUUCUACAGUGCCGGCGGCGCCUCCAGUAGUCACGCCCUCGGCUCCAGCAGUUGUUCCCAGUGCAACACCGACUCCGGCAGCUCCACCCCCCGUCCCCUGUUACAACUUCAACAUAAACGCUUACGGUUACUGCUGUCCCGGACCUAACAGCCCUUGUGAGAAAGAUCUUGGGACCUGCUAUCUACCAUUCAAAGGAGAGGGCGUAGGUGGUGGUGGUGAUGGCCGAACAACAGUGCCAACAGGGGCAAGAUGCCCACCUCCUCCUGGUGCAGCGGAUAGUUGA